GCCUGUUGUCUGUUUUCCUCAGUCCAGCCUUCGCCUAGUACCCGUCUGUCUAUCCAUCCGACCCCGGGCUCUCCAUCUCGACUUCCCGUCCUCGCUCCUCACCACCGCCGUGACCUAAAUCCAGCCGGGCCCCGUCCUUCCUCUCCCCAGCUCUUCCCACUUCAGUUCCUUCGCUUUCCUUACCCCAACUCCCUCUAUCCACCCGCCUCCCCAUCUCCUCCCACCUGCACGUCCUUUGGCAGAGAGGUGCAUUGCGAGGAAAGCAGGUUCCUGUGAGGUCAAGUUAGUUGAGAAGGAGAAGACCGACACCAGCACGCAGCCAUUCACCCAUUACGCGUCGAGACUAUUCCACUUCACCUCUUAUCCGAUCAGCCAUUCACCUGCAUUAGUGGCCCGGGUUGCCUUGACCACCAUCCUCGGGGAAAUCGAUAAAACAAGAGUCACGACUUGGAGCUUGAAGCGUCCUUUUUUUUUUUUUCCAUUUGGUCUCGGCAAGUUUUGUUCUAUCACAAGGACACGAUCGACCUCCUCUCUCGGUGUUCCGGUUCUUGGUGCAUGAGUGUGCUCUGCCUCGAUCAGACCACGCAUCGAAGCUGCAUUGCGUCUUUGGUUCUGCAUAAGACAAGGCUUGGAAAACCUCGAUACCAACUGUGGCCACCAUACUUGGAAGCAUUGCAUCAACAGGGCACAGAUCGGAGUCCGGUACGGCGUGACUGGAAUAGCUGCCACAUUUCAUUUACAGAAGAACAUGCCACAGCUCCUUUACAGAACUUAUAAGUAGUCUGACGGUCCUUGAACCUCGUUACCUUCUUCGGUUUCUUGAAAAGGCACUGAGUUGCAAAAACGCGAACAACGCCUGGACAACCCAUCGUUCGUUGACUCCCACCACAACCAGUCCCCACAUCAGCGCCAACUGCCGCUCAUCAUCCAGCAGUACUCGACACAAGCAUCACGCCCCGGAUACAUCAACGCACAUACGUACGGUCCCACACUCUCGGGACCUCGUUGCCCGACAUACCCUCCGGCCAUUCACUCUUUGGUCCACCGGGCCAGCAAGGCUUAGGGCCCGAAUCCUACUCGACCAUGAACCCCAACACACCAGCCGACGUUUACUACGGACAAAUGUCCCAGGGCAGUUCGAUGCCCGUAACGACGGUGCCUUCCCACUCCCAUUACGCUUCUCAGCAGCCUCCACCACUGUUGCAACCUGGUUCAACCUAUGCUCACCAGUAUGGUACCCCCCAAUACGGAUAUGCCAACGCUCUUAGCUCGCCGGCUUCGAUCCCGCCGUCUCUCCCCCCGUCCAUGAACUCGAUGGCCGGCCAAUCGGUCUUGCCGCUUCCUGGUAGCGGCAGCAUGAAUCCUGCUGUUUACGCCAGCGGCGGUUUCGACACAACUGGCCAAGUAGCACCCCCCGGUAUGAAGCCCCGUGUCACUGCCACGCUGUGGGAGGAUGAAGGCAGUCUGUGCUUCCAGGUUGAAGCAAGAGGCAUCUGUGUUGCUCGGAGGGAAGACAAUGCCAUGAUCAACGGCACUAAGCUCCUCAACGUCGCUGGCAUGACCCGCGGACGCCGUGACGGUAUUCUCAAGAGCGAGAAGGUCCGUCACGUUGUGAAGAUUGGCCCGAUGCACCUCAAGGGUGUCUGGAUCCCCUUUGAGAGAGCUCUGGAUUUUGCCAACAAGGAGAAGAUUACCGAACUUCUUUAUCCUCUGUUCGUACACAACAUCGGUGCCCUCCUCUACCACCCCACCAACCAGAGCCGGACCAGCCAGGUCAUGGCUGCUGCUGAACAACGCAGGAAAGACAGCCACGGCCAACUUCGCGGGCCCCCCGGGUUGCCAUCCCUCCAACAACAUCAUCAUCACCACUCCAUGCUUCCAGGCCCCCCGUCCUUGCCCUCGCAUCCUUCCAUGGGACGGCCGGCGCUUGACCGUGCACACACCUUCCCUACACCGCCAACUAGUGCCUCGAGCGUGAUGGGCCCAAUGGGCAAUUCGGACGGCUAUCAGUGGAGCCAACAGAGCAUGAGUGGCACGCAGGGCAACAGCUCGCUUUCUCUCGACACAAGCCUUGGUAGCAACGCUCGGUCGAUGCCAAGCACGCCGGCGACGACGCCGCCAGGUUCGACAAUCCAGAGCAUGCAGAACUAUCCGCCCGUCAGCCAGUCGUAUGAAAGCUCUCGACAGAUGUACCAGGGGCAGUCUGCUCAACAAGCUCAGUACCAGAGCCAACAGCACUACUCUAGCCAACCGCAGCAUCAAGAGCGACCCGUCUACAGCCAAAGCAGCUAUAUCAAGAACGAUAUGGGCCCGCCGUCUGGUAGACCUACCGGCCAGUCCAAUGACGCAUCCGACUCCAAGCCGCCUACUGGCAUGAUUCACCAAGGCCAAGGCCAGAGUGACCCCGGCACUCAUGCAGGUUCCGAAGAGGAUGAUGAUGCGAAUAACGAGGCCGAGUAUACCCACGACAGCGGUGGCUAUGAUGCGAACCGCGGGUCUUACAACUACAACACACAAGCCGUCAACUCGCUGCCGCACGAUCACGGUCUUGCUCCUGAAAUUGGCGGUUCCCCCCAUCAAGCUGGAUCAGGCCGCGCGACCCCAAGAACCGCAGCGGCGCCUUCGAGCUACUAUUCUGCGCAGGGUUACCAUACUCCCCCGCGCGGCCAACCCUCGAGCAGCUUGUACAAUGUUAUGAGCAACGAGCGAACCGGUAGCAACGGCACUCAGGGAAAUGAGAUGUACGCAGGCCAGGCUGACAUGCCCAGUUCCCUGCCGAACGGCUAUUCGGCCCAGCCAUCCGUCAUGAACGGGAGCUCCGGUGGGCUGAAGCGAGGACGGGACGAUGAUGAUGAUGGCGGUAGGCCUACGACCAGCGCCCCAAACUUGGGUCCAGGAAUGGAUAUGAAGCGUCGCAAAACGAUGAUGGACGGCGGCAGCCUCCCAUCACCUACAUACACCGCCACUAUUGCGCAAGCCGCACCAUCAGCUAUCGCGGCCCACAGGCGGAGAUAAACAAUGAGUGAGGGGUAUAUCGCCAAACUUGAUGCCCGACCCCUCUGGAAGUGUCUCGUGCCAUUUUCCUUUUCUUUUGUUGUUUUAUGACGCUUUCAUGUUCGGCUUGACGACGCUUAUGACCUUUAUGUUAUGACUUUUGUUCGACUAAAAAAAGGUGGGACGGGAGUGGGUGUUGUCGAGAAGCGCGGGGGGAAGGGGGGUGGUAUGCUUCUUUUUAUCUCGUCUGAUUUCGGCUUGGAAACACAUUGGCUCGGUGGGCUGCCUUUCUCAGGGUCACGACUUUAUGAAGGAGCUUGUAAAUACGACUUUAGAGGAUCAUCAUCAAUGCAUGCGUGGGUUGAGUGGUGCUUGAGGAGCCUUGGGUUAGCCUUCAUCACUCAACUCUUUUUACACUAGCGUACCUUACUUUUACACUGCACGGGAAAUCCAUCCAAUAUGUG